AUGCGCUGCCCUGCUUCCUUCAGCGCGGGCUCUUCUCGUCACCGGUGCGUAGUCCGCGUCAUCGAUUCUGGAUCUGACUUGGACCAAGGCUUUAGCGCCCUUACGAUAACGCUGCAGCACGUGCGUCGUGCGCCGACUUCCCAAAUCCCCUCUUUCUCUGGCUCUCGCGUGAGCCUCGAGUUGCUCCAGCGUAUUCAACGCCCCCGCUCGUUGGCACGGCCGACGCAAUCCCUCAAGGCUGGUUUUGACCGCUGCUGUGAACCCGGUCACGCUGAAGCCUUGCUUGCGACAUCGACUUCUGAGGCAACAAGGCCAGCAGUCGGCGCGGUAGCUGUUCCUCCUCCUCCCUUCAUCGCCGACUCCUCCUCCUCGUCUCACAGCACAUCUCCAAGCGAAGGUUCUCCUUUCUGCAUCACUCGAUUCGCUUCCGCGCAUAUCUGCCGGUUCCUGGGCCCGUGGGAAAAUGAUCUGAUCGACAAGGAUUUCCACGGCACGCGUCGAACGCGCCAUCCUCAUGCUCUCGAUCUCACUAACAACAAACAGUGA